AGUGACCAACGCUCUCGGUAGUUGAGUGAAAUGAGGCCGCCGUCGGUUUUCGAUAGCAAUAUUAUUUAGAACAGUGUGGCGCAGGUUGUGCUUGAGCAGCGGCUGAGGCCAAAAUUCAUCGUUUUUCCUCCUUUGUGCAGCGCGCUGCGAUGCAGCGGAAAGUGUUUGGCAGCAGGGCAGCGUAGUGAAGAAGAAAUGGUGCUCAAUCGCAGAAAUGGCAUUUCGUUGGGAAAAGUGCGCGCGAGCUGGCUGUGAAGUGAUGAUGUUCCAAAUUCUUUGAAUGAUUUUCCCCUCCGAAGCGAAGAGGAAAAGAAAGUGAUAUUUUUCCCCCCACACUCGGUGGUGGAGGAGGUGCUAAAAACGGGAUCAGCGUGCAGUGGUGGCCAGCGCAGAGGACAGCAUUAGACAGCGUUGUUGCGUGUUUCGGCCCAAAAGCGGGCGGUAUCGCCAAAAAAAGGUAUAAGCGAAAAGAGAAAAGAGAAGAAGAAAAACGUUGACUGAAGAAUUUUCCCUCGUCGUGUGCGGUGAAGAGGGGGAGAGCUUUGUGUUCGCGAAAGAAGAAAGCACACACAACGGGAGGGAAAUAAUCGCGAGAACGCCAUCUGCUGGUGUGCGUAAGCGCGCAGUGUUUUGUGGGCUUUGACGGAGUGUGCGUGCGUGUGUGUGUGUGUGGCGAGCGCGGACGUGUGUGUAGGGACGUGUGUAGAAAGAAUUUUUAUUUACUAGCGUGUCGCGCGCGGAUUGUGACGGUGUGUCUCUUUGCUCUGGCGAGAAGGUUGGUGCAGGCAGAAGUAGUUUUUCUUUCCUGUGGCGAACAAGAAACAAAGCGCGCCCGAAAGCUUGGCUAGCUUUUCGUUUUUCGUGGUGAAAAGUGGUGGAGAAAGGGCAAACGGUGGAAUAGAGACUGCAGCUACGCAACAAAAUGAGCACACCGGAUGCUGGAUCGACUGGUGGUGGUGGUGGUGGAGGGGCAGUUAGCAGUUCUGGUGGGACAGGAGGAACCGUUGGCGGUGGUGGGGCAGACAAAACUGCAUCUUCCGGUUCGGUGAACGUUUCUAAGACGUCGUCCUCAGUAGGCGGAACAGUAGCAGCAGUAGCAGCAGGAGCGGGUGGAGGAACAGCGGGAGGAGGUCAGCUGAGUGCAACGGCUGUGGUUGGCGGUGGUGGUACUGGUGGUGGAGGAGGAGGCGGCGGUGGUGCAGGCGGGGCCACGGUGACCACCACAACGAUACCGAUUGAUUUGGCCUCCGCGUCGAAGGUUUUGGUGCGCCCGGAGAAGACGACGAUGUCCACCACAACGUACAGAUUCGGCUCAACGCCCGGCAGCCAGAUGCGUGUCGUAAUUCCGAGCAGUGCCGCGCAGCAAACCUUCUACCGGCAGCCGGCCAACAUCAAGCAAGUGUUCCCCUCCACCCAUCUACUUGCAGAUGCGACGACGACGAACCGAACGCAGAUCAGCACCCUGCCGGGGGCGCGCACCGUCACCCAGACGGCCUCGCUGACGGUUUCGCGGCCUCCACCGACCAUCCCGCCGACCACCGUGUCCUACCACGUGUCGAACCGCGUCUCGGCCACGCCGGUCGUGGCGGCCAACCUGCAGGCCACGAGCCGGGCCACCAUUAACGGGCCGAUUCGCAUCACGACGCCCCCGAUACAGGGGGCCACCCAGGGCGGCGGCAACACGACCACGUACGUGCAGCGGCAAGCGCCGACGGUCGUGCCGUCGCGUAGCGUCACUUCGUCCGGCACGCCCACGGCCGCUACGAUCAUUUCGCAGAGCAGCAGCGGCGCCACGACGACGCUCGUGCCCAACUUCCAGAUGUCGACGCCGCUGUUCCGGGCGGGCGGCAUCGGGACGGGGACGGGCCAGACGGUGACCGGUGCACCGCGGGCGCGCGUCGUCACGCAAACGACCCUGUCCGCCAAUCACCACCAGGUGGCGGGAGUGGCCGGCAGCACGGGCGGAGGUGCAGCAGGUGGGGGCGGUGGUGGAUCCGCCGUCGGCAACAGUGGAGGAGCGUCCGGAGCGGCGCAGCAAGCGGUCGCCAUCAGCUCGGCCGGUGGUGGUGGUGGCGGAGGUGGCGCAAGUGCAGUAGCCUCGAGCGGAGGCGGAUCCGGCGGUGGGCAAUCGCAAGCAUUCGUAGCGACACUGUCGGCGGUGCUGCAGGGCCCCCGACAAGUUUCGACGCUGCUCUACACGAACAAUAGCAACGCGCAGCAGUACACGAUUGGGCCGAACCAGCAACGGUUGGCGCUGACCACGACCCUUUCGCCCCAGCGGCCCCAGGCAACCGUUACGACCGGCAUCCGGCCGACGAUUCAGCGACUCCCGACCUCGGGUAUACGCGUCAGCACGGGCAGCCUGAACUUCCGCUCCCCCGUGCUCGCUUCCACGACGGUGCUGACGACGAUCGCUUCGAGCACGGGUACGGUGGGCACCGUUACCAACAGCCAACAGCAGCAACAGCAGCAGCAACAGCAACAGCAACAGCAGCAACAACAGCAGCUCCAGCAACGCACCGUCACCGCGACGGGUGGUCCGGGCGGAGCGACCGCCAUUUCGAACGCCAUCCCGGCACGCAUCAUACAGGUGCAGAACCCACCGAGCGGUGCGACCGGCACGGCCCAGAUCGUGAACCGGCUGCAGACGAAUCUGGUCAACAUACAGCCGCUGAUUGUGAGCAACAGCCGGCUGCCCCAGAGUGCCCUCCAGCCCGGCAUCACGAUCGCGCAGGUCGGGAAGCUAACGCAAGUCGCCACGGCUGGCAGUGGUGGGGAUAGUGGUGGUUCGGGGUCGGGCAACACGGGCGGCAACUCCGGGACGACAACGCUGCAAACCGCCACCGGACAGCAGAUCGUCGUCAGCACGGGUGGUGCCGGUCCGGGUGGUGGCGGCGGCGGUUCACCAGCGACGGCCAUUAUCGCUGGCAAUCUCAUCACGGCGAACCAUCCGGGAGCGGGCGGGAAUGCCGGUGGCGCUCAAACGACCCACCAGGGGCAGAUAACGCAAAUCGUGAACGUUAAUGCCGGCCAACCGACGGUGGUUUCGGCGGCCGUCAGUAGCGGACAGCAGCAGCAAAUUGUCACCGUAAGCCAGGCGGGAGGAGGAUCAGCAACGACCGGGACAGUUAUUCCGUUGCCACUGGCGCUCACGAGCGCACGGAAUGUUGGCGGCGGCGGUUCGAAUGCGCACAGUCCGCUGAGCAUCGUGACGGGUGGAAUUGUGCGGACGGCGGGAGGUGCUACGGGAGCUGGCGGUGUUUCGGGCAGCUCGACCUCCAUCGCGUCCGUGUUGCCGAUUGCAAAAGUCACGCCCCAGCAACAACAAACACUGGUUUCGAUGGAUUCUGGCUCCAGUGGUGGUGGCGUUACGCAGCAUUAUUCCGUCGCGAGCAGUGGCGGCGUUUCCGGUGGACCUUCGCUGUACAUUCAAACGCGUCCGGGGGGUCCAGGAUUGGCUGGAGCUGUAGCAGGCAAAGCGGUGAGUGGAGCAACCGGUGCAACACUGAGCGUCGUUUCGUCGGGAUCGUCCGGUGGCGGUGGUGCUGGAACGGGUGGCUCCGCUGCCUCUGCAACCACCUUCCUCCCAACGUCAACGUUCUACUACGAGCGGCUAACGUCUUCGCCGGCCACCAGUGCACCCUCCUCGACCGCGGGCGUAACCAUCUCGUCCACCGGCAUACCGGUAUCGUCCGCCACGUUCGUGCAGGCCGUGGCUGCGUCCUCUUCGUCAUCCUCCACCAUCACGACAGCGAGUGCAAUCAGUGGACCAGUUUUCUCCAUUCCCGCUUCGUCGAGUGUCAUCAACAGCAGUGGUGGUGGCGGUGGUGGUGGCAAUACAACCGUCGUCACUGUGGCUGCUGCUGGCAAUCCAACCCUAGCGCCGUACGGCAGCACCGGCUCGUUUGCGAUCGUGCAAGCUUCCCCGGCCGGGUCGGGCGUUGGUGCUCGCACAGCCACCCUGGCCACUGGGCCAAUCCAUGGAAUUGUGCCCGCGUCCGUACAAACCGGUGCUGGCAGUGGCACCACCGCUAACAUUGUGUCCGUAUCGCAACCAACGACCGGGGGCGCAUCCUCCACCACGACGCAGAUCGUGCCCAUACGGUUCCACUCCCAGAUGGUCGUGGAUAGCAGUGGGCAGACACAACAGAUCAUUGUUUCGAGCGGUGGCGGUGGUAACGCUGGUUCUGGAGGCGGUCCGACCAACAUUGUGCCGAUCAUUCCCGUCGGCACGAGUGGUGCAACGGCCGUCGUUACCGCGACGACAAAGCAACAAUCCUCCCAGCAGGAUUCACCGCAAUCGAGCAUUCUGCGCAAGCGGACACUCGUGGAGACGGCGGGCGGCACAAUCAAGGCGACACCCGUCGGAAAGGAUCUAACCGCAGCACUGAUGGCAGUGGAGCGAGAACGUGUGCGGGAGCAGCAGGACGCCCAGCAUCUCAUUCUACAACAGCAGCAGCAGCAGCAACACCACCACUUGGUGACGGAAUUGCGAGACUUGGCCAAUGCGUCACCAUUGCACCAUUCGCGGCCACCAUCGACCGACGGCUCGACGACGGUCAGCGCGACCUCCAGCCCCGGUCUGGACGAGCAGGAAGAGGAAGAGCUGCGUGCGCAAGCAUACGCAAACCGGGCCAGCAAUGCCAUAUCGGGAGACGGCCACUUUAAACCCGUCCAGGAUGAGCAUCACUUCCUGCAGCAGCAGCAGCAACAGCAGCAGCAACACCAUCGGGAAAUUCUCUCCCUCCACUGUACGGAAAGCUUCCCGACCAAUCUCGGCACCAGCACAACGCUGUCGGUGGUUCCGAUACCGAAUCACAACAUCUCACUGGUGUCGAUCGGUGGUGGCAGUGCCGCCGGCAACGCUAGCAACGGUGCGGGAGGAAGCUACGAGCAGUCGCCUCGGAAGAAGGCACGCAAACAGCUGCUCCUGCCGAUGACGGACGGGCACCAUCAUCAUCAUCACCUGCCACCGUUGAAAUCGAACUCGUCUUCCUCCUCCUCGUCGUCGUCCUCCUCCGUCAUGACAAACUCGUCUACCUCGUCGGCGGGAACUGUCGGAGGCGGAUCACAGCAGCAUCUGAAUUCGGGUGGCGGAGCGCCCGACGACGAGCGGAUGGACACGAGUGCCAGUGGACUGGUGGUGCUGGGCAAUGUUCCGACGGGUGGAUCUACGCCCGGAAGCAAUUCCUCCAGCCUCGGCCACCAUCACGCGAAUGCGAACAAGCACAGCGGCUCGUCGAUGAACAACAGCAUGCACAACAGCAACAACGUUCGCAUGGAUCCACCGUCCGGGUCGGUGUCCGGCGCGCCAGUCGGACCAAACAAUACCAUCUCGGUGGUGACGGCGCGACAAAACGUGGCGUUACGGAAGCCAAACAACCUUAGCUUAUUGCAGUCUUACAAGCAAACGUGGAAAUCGGCCAACAAUCACUUCCAGCGGUAUACCGACGUGAAGCAGCGGGAGGAACGGCGCCCCACGGUGAUGGACAUUGCCAGCCAGUCGCACAUUCUGCAAAAGCUGAACGGCUGGAAGAUUUAUCAUCUCAGCGCACAGAUAGAGGAUCUGUGCGAUCUUGAAUCUCAAGCCUACGGCGAGCUGGGGCAAAUGUUACGUGCAAUGGAGAAUGGCAACAGCAGCAGCAGUACAAGCAGCAGUAGCAGUAGCAGUGGCAAUGGAAGCAGCACGCCGACCAAACCCUCGGCAGAAGUCGAACGCAUCAAUGAGCUGUUGAAGGGCAACAUGCAGCGCAGUAAAAUCAUCAUCGACGGUAUCAAUGAUGCGCGCACACAGAUAAUGAAAAUUUUCAAACACAAACCGCAUGUGUCGGACAUCAUUUUAAGGUGCGCCUCGAAGCGGAACUUCAAGAAGCGGGAGAAAACGUAAAUGGUGCAAGGGGCGGCCUUACACAUAUCGGUAUUUAACGGUUGAAGAGACUACCCGCUGGUUGGAGCGGUGUCGUGUGUAAGUGGUGUAAUAUUGUUCUUCAGUUCUUAGCAUAAAAUGCAGUGUGCGCAAACUUCUUAAAGUGUAGAGUAUUUUAGGCAGCUUUUAGCAUACAAACACAAACACAAGCGCUCUUGAAGUAGUUGUAAAGGAUUAUUUUAAUAGAAGCAAUUGCUAUUGAUAGAGAGGGCGCACCGUGAAGUGCAACAUCCCCACAUUUGAAACCCAAUAACGUGUCAUAUAUAGUUUUAUCUGUUUCCACCCCAUCAUAUAAUUUUCCCUCUUGCUCAUGAUCUCCCGCACAAAAGGGAGAAAAGAAAGUGUUGUGAAUUUUGUAAAAUAGCAGCAAACCUCUCACACACGGACCGGUAGUAGUAGUAGUAUUUGUGAUUAGUAGGGAAAGCAAAAUGAUCCUUUUUACUUGUAUAAAUGACCGUGACCGCUUGCAGGAUCAAAAGUUAUGUUUUUUUGUGUGUGUGAGUGAUGAGUUUAAGCAAGAUCUAGGCUGUAAGGGCUAUAAUUUAAGUUCAAACAACAAAGGUGUCGCACUGAUUGCGUCAUGGCAGAAAAUGUUUUGAAAAUAAAACGUGUA